AUGUCUUCUACCGCUCUUAUUGUUGGAUGUGUCUCUUUUGCAGAUGAUUAUCUCAAAGAACUCCAAAAAUCUCACACCAUAACUUACUCUACCUCUCGUUCAAGACAGGAGUUCUUUGACGACUGUGCUGGGAAAUACAAAGACGUAACUGCGAUCUACUAUUCUUCUGAGUCCCACGCUGUAACAGGUGUAUUUGACAAGGAACUUAUCGACCAUCUCCCUAGAGCUUUGAAAUUUAUUACGUUCUGCGCUGCUGGUUAUGAUUCCAUUGACGUGACUGCCUGUACCGCAAGAAACAUUAUGGUAUCCAAUACCCCCACUGCCGUAGAUGCUGCAACAGCCGAUAUUGCAGUACUAUUGAUCCUUAGCUGCUGUCGCAAUGCUAACCAAGCUUCGGAAAAUAUCCGUUCAGGCCGUUGGAGACACGGAAUGGCUAUGGGAAUUGAUCCCGAAGGCAAGACUUUGGGCAUUCUUGGUAUGGGAGGUAUUGGGAAGACAAUUGCCAAGCGGAUGUCUGGCUUUGAGAUGAAGAUUAUUUAUCAUAACCGUACACGACUUGAUAAGAAGACCGAGGAAAAGUAUAAUGCCACAUGGGUCGAUUUUGAGACUCUCCUCAGAACUUCGGACAUUAUUUCUGUCAGUGUUCCUUUAAACAAAGAUACAACCUCUCUUCUCAGCUAUCGUGAAUUUACUCUUAUGAAGGAUGGUGUUGUUUUGGUCAACACUGCACGAGGCAAGGUAAUCUGUGAAGACGCUUUGGUCAAUGCACUCGAGUCUGGAAAAGUUGUUUCUGCUGGUUUGGAUGUCUUUGAAGGCGAGCCAACUGUUCACCCAGGACUCUUGGCUCAUUCCAGAUCAGUCAUAUUCCCUCAUAUCGGAACAUUCACCAAAGAAUCCCAAAAGAAGAUGGAAAUGGUGGCUCUUGGAAAUCUUGAAGCUGCCUUGACAAGAAACACACUUAUAACCCCCAUUUCUGAGCACAAGAAGUUCUUUAAGAAUUAAAUAAGUCCAAGCCAAACAGUUACUGUGACUAUAUCACAUUUUGCCCCUUUCCCCCCUUUUUUUUAUUAUCGUUCACUUUUCUAUCAUUUUAUCGAACCUACCUUAUUACAUCAAAGAUAAAGAAUUGAUAAGAAAGAUCACACAAUAAAGUAAGCAAGCAACAGUGAUAAAAAAAGGGUAAAUUUUGUCGCGUG